AUGUCAAAACGAAAAUCUCGUGUAUCGAUGUUUUUUGAACAAUUGGACAAUGAUUCCCGUAAAUUAAAGUGCAACCAAUGCCAAGUGAUAAUUUCUCGUGGUGGGCAAGGGAAAACAGCUAACACUACAAGCAUGAGCAACCAUAUAAAACAUAAACAUCCAACCCUGUUAUAUCAGUUAGGUUCUGCUAUCAAAUCUUCAAGCAGACGCGAUUCCACCAAGUCUCAAAUCUCAGCAGAAGAAUUACCUAAAGCAGUGCUUACUCCGUCAACUUUAGUGUCAUCAGAGGUCAGUUUAAGUCAAGAAAGUCAACAAAAAAUUGAAGACAGUUUCACAAUCCACUGGUCAUAUGAUGACUCAAGAUCAAGAGAAAUCAAUCUUGCGAUAGGUGAAAUGAUUGCACUUGACAACCAGCCGUUGUCAAUUGUUGAAAAUACAGGGUUUAGAAACCUGAUAAGGAAAGUUAAAUCUAAAUAUAAUAUACCGGGCAGAAAGUAUUUCACAGAAAACAUCUUUCCUCAACUUUACGAAGAGACUAAAUCUGAAAUACGAAGAGGGUUGAUAAGUGCAACUGCAAUUUCAGUUACUACUGACAUGUGGACAAACAUAAAUAAUAAAGAAAGUUUUUUGAGUUUUACAGCUCACUGGUUAGACGAUAGUUUCAAAUAUCACCACGGAGUAUUGCAAAUGAAACAUUUUCCUGAAACACACACCGCCAAUAAUAUCAAAAAUUGUUUAGAAGAAGUUCCAACUUUAUGGGAUAUAGAUACGACCAAAAACCACGCCGUGGUACGAGACAACGGCAGAAAUGUGACGAAAGCAAUUGACGAUUCAGUUUUUAAGGGAGUACCAUGUUAUACAUACAUACUCUUCAACUGGCUAUUAAUACCGUUUUGA